AUGAAAAAUUUCCAUGGCAUUGGAAGGUGCGCUCCUCCUUACGUGUCGACAUGUUACGAUAGAAUGAUGAAGGAAUACGUAUUAAAGCAUGCUUGUAAGGUCAAUGGAUAUUUCUACCACACAGCUGAGAAAGCACGCGAGGUAAUGCAGCAGUUACAAGAUCAAUGGCUCCGUUAUCAUAACUUAUGUAAGGCGCUAAACUUCAAUAAGAAGAGAAGGAAGAAGUUGAAGACAAUAACAAUGAGGCAAUUUCUCUGGCUGUUGGAUGAUUUGAAUUUGAUUGACGACACGCUGAUGGCCUCCGAUGUGAUUGAUGUUUUAGCAUCUGACGAUAGGAAGGUUAAAUAUCACGUCACCUGCAUUUACAUGGAGUUCGAGUUAGGGUUUUAUGACUAUAUGGAGGCCUUGGUAGGCUGCUCUCUAGUGAGGAGGUACCCACUCUGUUAUUGCGGCUUCGAUUCCAGGACAUUCAUGUUCAUUGAUGAGACCGAAACAAAAAACGAAUUAGCCGGUGCUUCACAUAAGAAGGAUGGAAAGAAGGGAGAAGAAGGAAUGAAAGACGAUGCUGAUAGUGAUGGCGAUGUCAAUACUGCUGAUAAUGAUGAUGAUGAAAACAGUAAAAAAUGUAGCUCCCAGCAGAAAUCAAACCGAAACGCAGACAAUGUUGUCAAAAAUAGCUUAUCCCAUAUAGCCCACAUCGGCAAUUUUGAGGCCACGUUCUCAAACAAAUUUCAAAAAUUUGUCGUUCAAGAUUACAGUACUGCACUGGAUUUAUUCUUGAAAGAGAAAUUGCCAAAAUGUGGAGAUGAUGGUGGCGACGAUUUCGUUGACGAAUGUGACAAAAAUUUGAUUCCAUUUUGGGAGAUAAGUUUGGUCUAG